AUGUUCACCGGCGAAAAGAAUCUCGUGGACCCUGCAACUCCAACGCAGAUUCGAAAGAACGAAAGUCGAAGAUGCUCAAGUCGAGGACGCUCAAGUCGAGGAUGCUCCUCCCCGAGCAUCCCGCAAGCGAAUGACGUCGGGAUUCGCUCUGAGGGCAACUGCAAAGAUCUCGCAGAGGAAGUCUGCGAGGAAAAAACGUCAGCCCUGUUAUGUCAUUCCUGCUCCGGUGUGGACUGCGAUGAAGACGCGAGCGAACACAUGACAGAGAACUGCGAUAAUUUAAUUAUUGUCCCAGGCAAACAAUUCUACUGCGGCACAGGAUACACCGACGAUACCAAAGAGGAAGUGGUGAGGAGGAGGUGCAUCCAAGAUGUCCCCGGAAGGGAAGGCUGCUUCUCAUCUCAGAUCAUCCCAGGAGCAAAUUACGCGCGGCUUUGCUCUGAGGACCUCUGCAAUAAUCCCAUGGAUGAAGACUGUGAGGAAGAAACAUCGGGACUACAAUGCUAUUCCUGCAGCGGCGUGGACUGCGACAAAGAUAUGGACAAACAGGAAAUGGAGAACUGCGAUCAACUUGUCAUCGUUCCAGGCAAACAAUACUACUGCGGCACCGGAUACACCGACGAAACCAAAGAAAAAGUGGUGAGGAGGAUGUGCAUCCCAGACCUCCCCGGAAGCGAAGGCUGCUUCGCCUCCCAGAUCAUCCCAGGAGCAAAUUACGUGCGGCUUUGCUCUGAGGACUUCUGCAAUAAUCCCACGGAUGAAGUCUGUGAGGAAGAAACAUCGGGACUACAAUGCUAUUCCUGCAGCGGCGUGGACUGCGACAAAGAUAUGGACAAACAGGAAAUGGAGAACUGCGAUCAACUUGUCAUCGUUCCAGGCAAACAAUACUACUGCGGCACCGGAUACACCGACGAAACCAAAGAAAAAGUGGUGAGGAGGAUGUGCAUCCCAGACCUCCCCGGAAGCGAAGGCUGCUUCGCCUCCCAGAUCAUCCCAGGAGCAAAUUACGUGCGGCUUUGCUCUGAGGACUUCUGCAAUAAUCCCACGGAGGAAGUCUGCGACAGUUCCGCAUCGGGACUACAAUGCCAUUCCUGCAGCGGCGUGGACUGCGACAAAGAUAUGGACAAACAGGAAAUGGAGAACUGCGAUCAACUUGUCAUCGUUCCAGGCAAGCAAUACUACUGCGGCACCGGGUACACGGACGGUACCAGAGCAAACAUCGUGAGGAGGAUGUGCAUCCUAUACGAACCCGAAGAAGAAGGCUGCUUCGGCUCCGAGAUCAUCCCCAACGCCAACUACGUCCGGCUCUGCUCUGAGGACUUCUGCAACCACCUGGAGAAGGAAAACUGCGACAGUGCUGCCAUCCAGAAAGUCGCCUCUGUUCUCUUCGUCUCCAGUCUCGUCACUGUGAUCCUCGCUGUUUGAUGUUUUGCAUGAAGACCUGCGCUGCCGUUCGCUUGGAGUCGACCACAAAUAAAUUUUCUACCUUGAACAGGACUGAUUCUUUGUAGGAAUUGAACAGAGUUGAAUGCAAAUUCUCUUCUUUCGAUCUCUAUUAUUUUACUCAAUAAAAAAUUCCUCCGAUAC